AGCUACUUAGCAUCAGUAAUGCAUCUCUCAAUGGAAGCUUCAAAGCACUUCCAUCAGAAUUGGUGCCCUUUACAGUACCUCCCAGGUGAUCUUAGCUAUGAGAAGCUAGUUGUCCUUGACUUGUCAAACAAUGACUAUGUCCUUGAAAUUUCGAGCAGCAACAUCAAGCAGCUGUUUCCAAAGUUGAACGUUCUCAAUUUAAGAUGCUGUACUUUAUGGAGAAUUCCCAACUGUUUUCUAUACCCUAACUUGGAGAAGUUGAAUCUCAUAUCAUGCUGCAAGUUGGUUGAGAUUCCUGACCCCAUAGGCCUUCUAGGGAAUUUAGUUUAUCUGAAUCUUGAAAACUGCUACAACCUGAAGGAAUUGCCUAAUUCGCUAGGCUCACUAGUUAACCUUAGGGAGUUGAAUGUGAAUGGCUGCAAAGAACUCAGUAGAUUCCCAGCCUCAAUGGGAAGGAUGAGGUCACUGCUUUGUCUACGGAUGCAGGAAACUGCUAUUGCCGCAUUACCUAAUGAUUUUGGAUGUCUUUCUAACUUGGAAGACUUAUAUAUGUGGAAUUGUAAACAGUUAGAAGAGCUCCCGGAAAGCUUUGGAAGUCUUACAUGUUUAAGGAUUCUCAACAUAGGAAACAACAUCAAUUUGACAAGGCUUCCAUCUACUUUCUCAGGUCUUUGCUCCUUGGAAAUAUUCAAUGCAUCUGACUGUAACCUGCAGGGGAUGAUUCCUGAUGACUUUGAGAAGUUAUCCUCAUUGACAACCCUGGUUCUCAGUGGAAACAGCAUCCAAGGCCUCCCUAGGAGCAUGAGGGGCCUUUCUAAUCUUGAAACGUUGUAUAUAAAUAGUUGCAAGCAGCUGGUAGCUAUCCCUGAUCUCCCCACUAGUUUGAAAUAUCUGAGUGCUUCCGGAUGUGAAAGCUUGCAAACGUUGCCCAAGCUAUCGAAUCAUUCUAAACUAGACUACUUGAAUGUUGUAGAUUGUGGUGAGCUCUCAGGUAUCCAGGAUCUACCCACCACUUUGAAAAUUUUGGAUGCUUCCAACUGCAUAUCAUUGCAAAUUAUACCCAACUUCUCUCACCUUUUUCAACUUUAAAAAUUGGAUCUCUCAAACUGUAAGAGGCUGAUUGAGAUACAGGGUCUCAGUGGGUUGAUGUGUUUGAGAGAAUUGCUCUUGAGUGGGUGUAAACCUCACGUUUUGAGGGGUCAAAGUCUACUGGAGGAAAUGUUUACAGGUUUAUAUAGUUUAAGUGUUCCUGGAAGCAAGGUUCCAAAUUGGUUCAUGUGUAAGUGCACAUCGAGAUACAUAAGGAUUCAGGAUAUCGAAAAUCCAGAUUGGUUCAUGUAUCAAACUUUGUCAUGCACAGUGUCAAGGAUAUCAGAAGAAGGCCUUCAUAUUAGAGAAAUGAUGGUGUGGUUUGUUAUCUAUGUCAAUGAACUUAGUUGCACUCACCAGAAGCAUGUUGUCAACUUAUUGAUCAAGAGGAAAGGUAGGGAAAAGGAUAGACUUCCAUUGGGAAUUUAUCCAGGGACCCACCGGAAUCAAAUUUAUAUUUACCAUUUCCGAGAUGGCAUUGGGUUUGAGUUUCAAAUGAACUGGUUGAAAGAUGGGGAUCAAAUUGAAUUCGUUAGUGAAUCGACAUAUUACGAGGAUCAAAUUGAAGUCAUUAAUGAAUCAGGACCAUCCCUGACACCAUCCUUGGGAUUUCCAUGCUAUCAUUUGAAGCAGGCAGGGAUCCAUCUUGUCUAUGAAUCAGAAGACACCGAGGAUUCCAUUGAAGAAAAACUGGCUGACUUCUUCAAUUCAUUGCAUGUUCAAUGGCAGCUUACAGCCUCUCUGUACGUAAGGAGGACAUAAGCUGUCACUGUCAGUUUUCUUUGUGCUUUUGGUUAUGUCCAUGUUUGAAUGGGGUAAUGGUUUUGAGUACUUUAUAGUCAAAAGCAAAUCUCAACUUGAGAGGAUCGUCUUAUUAUUUGGCAUGUCAUUCUGGUGGGUGGUUUCCUCUUGAUUGACACUCUUCACUUUGUAUUCUUUAAAAAUUUUCUUUAUUAUUUUUGUGACAUUUAUGAUACGUUCUCUUUCCGCUCGCGGUUAAUCCAAGAAUUGAAGAAUUGCAACCAUUGCUUGUAUAAAAUUGAAGAAUGUUUUUUUCC